AUGGCCUUCCACGAUCAAACUCACAAAAACGGCACCGUUUCAAAGAAACCCAAACUCCUUCCCUCUCCAAUCACCGCCGCUGAAAUUCAAUCGGAAUUCUCCCACCACGACCCCACCGUCGCGCGUCUCAACAACGGCGCCUUCGGUUGCUGUCCAUCCUCCGUCCUCGGCGCUCAACGUGAAUGGCAGCUCAAGUUCCUCCGUCAGCCAGAUCACUUCUACUUUAACUACCUCAAAAAAGGAAUCCUCCAUUCCCGAACAAUCAUCAAAGAACUCGUCAACGCAAACCACGUCGACGAGAUCUCCAUCGUCGAUAACGCCUCCACCGCCACCGCUAUCGUUCUCCAGCAAGCCACAUGGGCUUUCCACGAAGGAAGAUUCAAUAAAGGAGACGCCGUCGUCAUGCUUCACUACGCGUACGGCUCUGUCAAAAAAGCAAUUGAAGCGUACGUCACACGCGCCGGCGGAAGAGUCAUAGAGGUUCAUCUUCCCUUUCCGAUCACCUCGGAAGACGAUAUCAUCCGCGAGUUUCGUCACGCGCUGGAGAGAGUAAAGAGAGAAGAUACUAACAAUAAAGUUAGAUUAGCUGUUAUCGAUCACGUGACUUCCAUGCCAAGCGUGGUGAUUCCGGUGAAGAAGUUAGUUGAUAUUUGUAGAGAAGAAAGUGUUGAUCAGGUUUUCGUGGACGCGGCUCACGCGAUCGGAUGCAUCCCGCGCGUGGACAUGCAAGAAAUCGGAGCAGAUUUUUACACAAGCAACUUACAUAAAUGGUUCUUUUGUCCAUCUUCGGUAGCUUUUAUCUACGCUCGAAAAUCGGUUAAUUCAGUUGAUUUGCAUCACCCUGUUGUGUCACAUGAAUACGGAAAGGGAUUAGCAAUAGAAAGCGCAUGGAUUGGGAAUAGAGAUUACAGUGCUCAAUUAGUGGUUCCAACCGUUAUGGAAUUUGUGAAUAGGUUUGAAGGUGGAAUUGAAGGAAUAAAAAAGAGGAAUCAUGAUUGUGUUAUUGAGAUGGGUGAAAUGUUGGUGGAAGCUUGGGGGACACAUCUUGGGACACCACAUCAUAUGAGUGCAAGUAUGGUUAUGGUUGGUUUGCCUUCCUGUUUGGGGAUUAUGAAUGAUUCUGAUGCUAUGAAUCUUAGGACAUAUUUGAGGGAGUUUUUUAAGGUUGAGGUUCCUAUUUAUUUUAGAGAUGGGGUUGGGGAAGUUGGAGGGGUUACUGGGUAUGCUAGAAUUUCUUAUCAAGUUUAUAAUAAAGUUAAGGAUUAUUAUAAGUUUAGGGAUGCAAUUAACAAACUUGUAAGUGAGGGAUUCACUUGUGCUGAUCUUUCCACUUCAACUCCUGCUACUGUGGUCUAG